AUGUUAGAUAUAGCGAUACAACGAAAAACACCAAAAAGUUUUAACAAUAACCCGAGCAAAAAAGCUCAACGCGGCCGUUCUGGCUCGCCUACAAACGAAAGAGCAACUAAGAAACAACAACUUGAUACCCCAGACUUCGCUACACCUAUCAACGACAACAAAACUGAAAAAGAUACACCAAAAGAAACUGAAAUGGAG